ACAAUGUAUGUUGUUUGUGCUUUGUACUGUGCCAUCGAUGUUUGGCAUUCAGUAAAUUGUCAUCGUUCCUGUUAACAGUGGAUUUACCUUUUUUUACAAAGCAAAUUCAACAACAUUUUGAAACCUAGGAAAACUUUGCUGCCUGUGUGUGUGAAAGUUGUGACCCAAACCGUCAUGUGAUGUUAAGAUGCCAGGCAUAUCCCUGAGCACACUGCAUACUGAUGAUUGAUGAUGAGGACUCCCAUGAAUUUGGUUUGUUACUUCAUCCAUCGAUUUUGUCUCAGCACGUCAUGCACAAAAGUCACCCAGGCGAAUAAUAAGGAACUAGAUUUGACGAAGAAAGGAUUUUAAUAGCAAGUAUAUCUCAUCACCAUCAGAAGUUUUGAAUUUAGUUGGUAAUUAAAUUGAGGAAAAAUGAAUAAGAAUUUGAUGAACAUGGAUGGGAUGAAGCGAGCUGCUAAGAAAAUGCUGCGGGGAGGCGGUGAUCUGGGCUCAGUCGUCAUGGACGAGAAAACACUGCAAGGCGAUGUCAGUGGAAAGUUGAUACCAUCUAUCAAUAAUGUGGCCAUGGGCCUUCUGAAGUGGUCUUACGCUGAAUCCAACUACACAUUCCCAGACGUCUUCUCAGCUUGGGCUGACCUGGAUGUCGGCUUCACGCAACUAUUACAAGAAUAUCUUGAAGAGUGCACCAGGUACAGAAAAUCUUUUAAAGCCAUUAUCACUGAAGCCAAGAAAGUCAGUGACCUCCAGAAGGAGAAGGAGAGGACAGCUAGCAAGGUGUCAACAACUUCUAGUAAGUUAGAAGCUGCCAAAAAGACGGCAAAGAAAAAUGAAAACAACGAGAAAGCCAAAGUGCAUGUCAGCAGUGCGGAAGCUGAACUAUACCAGGCAAGAGCAAAAGAUGAGGAAACGGAGGAAUUGCUCAGGAACACAACAGCCGACUUUGAAUGCUAUAAGGCAACAAUGUUGAAGGACUCCCUUAUAACGCACUGCCAGAGCUUACAAGCUUUACUCCAAAAGGGAACCGCCCUGUGCCAGGUGAAGAUGGAGAUUGCCGAGUCUAUGCCUGAUGAGCCAGCCAUGACACCAGAUGCUGGAAAUAACAACAACAGGAAGGUAGAAGCCAUCUUCAACAAGUACCACCUCCAGCUUCCACAGAGGGAUCCCACCGUGGAGCGCAACCUCCCAGCUCAGCGAUUCAAGACGUUACCGCCUCCCUUAAGUUCCUAUCCUCCCACAUCCCCCAGGAUCACCAAGCAGACCUCAUUGCCUGUGAAAACACCGCCUGCAAGAUACCCCAGGCCAUUAGGAGAUAUACUUGAUGUUGAGAGUGAGGAAGGGGAGGAUGAUGAUGACUACAUGGUACCAAGCGAGGACAUCACAUCAAGGCCGACAGUGAAAACCACACCGCCAGAACUACCACCCAGAAAUGUUGCAGAAGAGGAAGAUUACGUCGUUCCAACCUUGAGCCCAAAAUCCCCAAUGGGAAACAAAGUACAGCCUCCUUCUUCCCCUGGGGACAUGGAGGCAGACUACUUCCAAGUCAUCUCAGAUGAUGAAAAGGAUGGGAAUUUUUCAAGCACACCCCGAAAGCCUUCCAAUCCCAGGCGGCGUCAAGAUGACAGGAACGCCCCAGAACCAGUCAGUGAACCGGUGUACACCGUCCCUCCAGACGAGAACGAAGACAACACGGACUCCGGCCAGCUCUAUGGCAACAUGUCCAACGAGGAGCUCGAAGAACAUAACAGAACAUCGGUCUGUAUUCCUGUGAAACCUACCCCAUAUGGGAAGCCGAAGAAGCCAGCCGUCUACCCAAAACCUGCCCUGAAACCAACUAAAGAGGCACCCUCUCGGCGUAGACAAGAUUCAGCCAGCAAGGAUGAGGAAUGUGCUGCUGAAGACGACGACAUUUACUCCAUGGUCUGCGAAGAGGAAAAUGCCCCCAAUAAGACAGGUGUGUCCCCUCGUACUCCCUCACAGCGCCACGUGUUCUUGGAUUCAGAUCAACCUGGCCACGACAGACAAACCAGACACACUUACUUUAACGCCGAGCUGUCACAUCAAGACAGCUUUGACUCGGCCGGUGAAUCAGACAAUACCGACGUAUCGCAUACAUACUUCAAUGUUCGUAUAGGCGAUAAAGAAAUGAAUGGUAGCGAUCCAACUCUGUAUGGUAAUGUGCCGCCUGUACCAGACCAAACUGCGCCAACAUCGAACAGUAAACCCACUCCACCCGUUGCCAAAAAGCCAGCAGUACUACCUCGCAAGACGUUGCAUCCAGUACAAGGGGGAGUCAAAUGACGUGGCUAAAUACUUAGCAGAAUCUAAUUUUUCUCCAGGGCAUUGUACAGGCAAAAAACAAAAAACUAAGGGCAAUUUGUUGAUAUUGCAAGAUUUGCUCCCUUUUUAAAUCUUAUUAAUAUAAUAUUUUUUAAUAUAGUUGGAGCUACACAAUUGUUCCAGGAUAUUUCAUUCUACUGGAAAGGUUUUCUUUUUUCCAAAUUGUAACAUUACACAGUUUAUGUCUUACAGUGUAGUGUACAACAGAAAAUACAAGUAAUAAGCUAACGUGCACAUUCAGAACGACGCAAACAACACAAACUGGACCGGUGUGUUUGCUGCCACCAAACAGCUCAAAAGUCUCCCAUUGAUCUAACUUUUUUUGAAGAGUGUGUACAUGCACUGUCAGGGUUGGCUGAUGUAUAUCACGUUGAUUUAAAUCACUAAUUUAAAUCACGAUUUAAAUCAAUUGAUUUAAAUCAAUUAACCAGUACUAUUGAUUUCUUGAAGUGUACAUAGUUUAAUGCGUAUUUGUAUUUCUGUACCUAUUGACUAUCUAUCUGUAAAAGUAAGUGACAGUUGUACUAACUUUUGCUGGCAGAGAAUAAAAGACUCUGUCAACUGUUCAAUUUAUUUCGUAAAAUUUUCCAAAAGGUUCAGGUUUUGGUCGCAGUGGUGCACAUCUGUCAUCUCAUCAUCACUUUCCUAAUUAUUAUAAUUUCAUCAUGAAAUUUUGAAGAGAAACCGAAAUUUCUUGGAUGAUAAUUUUCUUUCUUCAUUUUCCUAAUCGUCAUUUUACAAUUGUUCCAUUUCUAUCCAUACAGCCUGACCUGUCUCAUAUUGUGGGGUGAUAAAUCAAUCAACAACUUGAAACUAUUGGCUGAGUAUAUAAAUUUGGCACUCGUGAUAUUCGGUAUUUUGGUGCACUGUAGCUCAUAGCUUUCGGGUCUUUAGUGGAAAAUAAUGGUGAAUUGAGGGUGUCUAUUUGUAUAUUAACAGCAUUAUGAAAUACUUCAGCUGAAAAAAUGCAGCUGCGUACUUUCAUACUGAUCAGAUGUCUGAACGUUAACAGAUCCAAAAAGUUUGAUGCGUGUCAGCUUAAAAUACAGAAAUUAUUAAAAAUUGAUCCAAAACUUGCAAAAAAAUAUCUUAUUGAUUGUUUUGUCUUGUUUUGCAAAAUUAAUCGCCAGAUCUGCUCGUAUAUCAUAGACCAUUGCUGUGCAAGGGGAUUUUCCAUAGACUAGUAGUGGACAGGAAUUGGGAUGAAUGCAUCUUGCUGCACUGUAGAUAGUACUCUCUCACUUUGCAUGCAUGCACAUGUUUAUGUACAAUACAUGUGCAUUGAAACAUGUAACUUCACUAUUUAGAAUUUAGAUUCUGUUGACUCCUUACACACUCAAGAGUCAUUGCAAACACAAAGGGACCAAAUAGAAAUCUAGAGAUGUGAUCAAGUCAACUGCAAGUUAACUUACAAGUCAGGUCACAAACAACGGAAUAAAAAAGCAACAAGAAAACGCCAUUGUUUCUCUUCAAGCUUGCCGCUUGACUUGGGACUGGAUGACAUGUGACUGAUAUGUGAUUGACAUGUAAUUGACAUGUGAUUGACAUGUGAUUGAUGUAUGUGACUGACAUGUGAUUGACAUGUGAUUGACAUGUGAUUGACAUGUGAUUGACAUGUGAUUGACAUGUGAUUGACAUGUGAUUGACAUGUGAUUGACAUGUGAUUGACAUGUGAUUGACUCGUGAUUGACUUGAUCACAUCUAUGGCGGCUCCAUGUGCAAACUUAAGGCAGAAAGGUUAAAAUAUGAGCAAAAAGAAUUAAGGCAAGUGAAGGGCCGGCCAUUGACUUUAUGUUUCACAUUUUUCACGGGUAUCUAAAUCCAGUGCAGAGACCCCAUUAUGUUUAAAAGCAUAACUUCUCACCAAGAUGGGAAAAAUGGCUAGAUAUUUCACCAUUUGCUUGUUUAAUGUUGUUUUCUGUUGCAACAGUACUUCUAUCCCAACCAGGUCUUUUACUUACAAGAACAAAUACAUGAGGCCUUACAAAUCAAAUUUACUUACAAUUUAAAAUUUACCAUUAUGUCUCGGUAUGCUGUUAAUAAUGUUUGUUUCUUUCAAUUCUGCUGUGCCUUGCAGUUUGAAUUCCACGUUUUUUGUUUUUUUUAUGGAAGCAAUAUGUUUAAUGUAUGAUACUUUGAAUUUAAAUUUUAAUGUUAUUAGAAUAUAACUUUCACUGUUGUUCUUGCAAUGAGCUCUGAGAUGUAAAUGAUGCCACGCUUUGUUUACAUGUGCACUUUUGUUUGGGAACCAGGUUAGGAUGAGAGCAACGUAGCUCUCAUAAGAAAUGGCACAUAAUGCAAACAAAGUGUGACAUCAUUAUGUCUCAGUUCUGUUGAAGUUGUGGUAUCUAGCAUUUUAAUUUGGAGCAGAGAAGUUAUUGAUGGGUGAAUCUAUGCAACUGCCUAGGACUAUUUGGAAAAAUGAAAAUAUGUUACUCAAGAUAUUGUUGUCGCCAUCAUGAUAAAGGUGUGUGAAAUUGUUAAUUCAUAUCUGAUGUCUAAAUCAGCUGGAAAAAUAAGAAAGCAGAUAUAUUUUUAUAUUACAAUUUUGAGAAAAUUUUGAAUCUUGAUAAGUAUAAGACAGUUGUGAUUUUAUAGAGUUGUAUUUGUAAUGUCUUUCAAUGAAGAUACGAUUUUAGUCCAGUCAAUACCUAUUUAUAGUUCAUUUUAACUCACACUCUAAAACAAACACCUAGCACUGAAAUUUUUUUGUAAUCCAAAAUAGAUCACAAAAUUCAACAUUAUUUUUACUGCGUGAAAGAAAUGUUUAAUGAGUUUUUAUUUCAAUGGAUUUUAAUUUUUUUUUUAAAUUCAUGAGCUGGAAACAUAGAUAAGGAAAUGUAGACAUGAAGAAAGACUGCAAAACAGUAAUUGCAAUUUAGUUUAUUACGCCCACUGUUUUUAAAGAUGCAAAUUUUAAGAAGACAGGGAACGCAUCUUUCAAGUUUCCCUGGAAAUAAUUGAACGUCCAGUCUUACGUCCAUGAGUACUAUUUGGAAAGUUGAUUUAUUAUUUUUUUGCAGCAUAUGUUAUGUUGUCCUUCCCUUUAGUCUUUGCCACAAAGAACGUAAGCACUGAACAAGUAUUAAAACUAAUUUGAUUUCGUUAAAAUAUAGGUUUGAUAAGCAGUACUGUCUGUAAAUUUGCACUGUUAAAAUGACAAUUUUAAUGAAGUUUUGUAGCUACAGUACUUAAAUUUUAUAUGUCAACUUUUUUGUUCACCGUGUCGUUUCUUUACACUGACUACCCUGAAUUUUCCAACAUGUGGGGCAUCCAUUUGCAAAAACGAUGCAAAAAUUAGGAUGAAUGAGAUUUUACAAUUUAAUGAUUUUAUGUAGGUCGCAGUUGGCUUGAAACAUUUGCAGAGAGUCCUGUUCCUUUUUUAAAGUCAGUGUUGGUGAAGUAAAACCAUAUAUACCAGAAUUGUGAUUUUAAAAUGGCAAUUUCCUUUUGAUACGUUAAUUUACAUGUAUUUAUGGCAAACAAAGAGUGGCCUCUAUGAUUACUGAGAAAUCUUUUUGGAUUUUUUUUUUCUUUUUUUCUGAUACAAAUAAGUUUGAUUCCACAUAUCAGUUAGUAGUACUUUUUGUAAAUUUUGCACUCUCUGAAAAUGUGAUAGUUUAAUGAAAUAUAUUUUGUGAGAAAUAACUUCA